AUGAAGUCCUCUGUACAUACGGAAGAAGAUGACUUUGUGCCAGAGCUUCAGAGAAGCAUCCAUCCCAGAGAGAGGCCAGACUGGGAGGAGACUCUCAGCGCUAUGGCAAGGGGUGCAGAUAUCCCUGACAUUCCAGGGGAGUUGCCGCUCCGGACCUGUGGCAGCACAGCAAGUAUGAAAGUGAAGAAUGUGAAAAAGUUAUCCUUUACAAAGGGUCAUUUCCCGAAGAUGGCUGAAUGUGCACAUUUCCAUUAUGAAAACGUGGACUUUGGCAACAUACAGCUUUCGCUCCCGGAGGAACAGAAUGAAGUAACGAGAAACGGCUGUGAAUCCAAGGAACUGGUCUACCUUGUACAGAUCUCUUGUCAGGGGAGGAGCUGGAUCGUGAAGCGGAGUUAUGAAGAUUUCAGAGUACUUGAUAAACAUCUUCACCUAUGUAUUUAUGACCGGCGCUUCUCCCAGCUCUCAGAGCUACCCCGCUCCGAUGCCCUGAAGGACAGUCCGGAGCUUGUCACCCAGAUGCUGAUGGCUUACCUGUCACGUCUCUCAGCCAUCGCAGGCAACAAGAUAAACUGUGGGCCUGCUCUCACAUGGAUGGAGAUUGAUAACAAGGGGAAUCACCUGCUAGUCCAUGAGGAAUCAUCCAUUAACGUUCCUGCUAUUGCUGCUGCCCAUGUUAUUAAGAGAUAUAUUGCUCAAGCAGCAGACGAACUGUCCUUCGAGGUGGGAGACAUAGUGUCUGUUAUUGACAUGCCACCAAAGGAGCUGACCACAUGGUGGAGGGGCAAACAUGGAUUUCAGGUUGGAUUUUUUCCUAGUGAGUGUGUCGAACUAAUUAACGACAAAGUUCCUCAGUCCGUGACCAAUUCUGUGCCAAAACCAGUGUCGAAAAAACACGGCAAGCUCAUCACCUUCCUUCGUACAUUCAUGAAGUCGCGCCCAACAAAACAGAAGCUGAAACAGCGGGGGAUCCUGAAGGAAAGGGUGUUCGGCUGUGACCUGGGAGAGCAUCUUCUCAACUCUGGCCAUGACGUCCCCCAGGUCCUCAAGAGCUGCACUGAAUUCAUUGAGAAACAUGGCAUUGUGGAUGGAAUAUAUCGUCUGUCUGGGAUUGCGUCCAACAUCCAGAAACUACGCCACGAGUUUGACUCCGAGCAGAUUCCUGACUUGACAAAGGACAUCUACAUCCAGGACAUUCACUGCGUGGGCUCCCUCUGCAAACUCUACUUCCGCGAGCUCCCGAACCCCCUGCUGACCUAUCAACUCUACGAGAAGUUCUCAGACGCUGUUUCUGCUGCUACAGAUGAAGAACGGCUGGUUAAGAUCCACGAUGUGAUUGAGAGACUCCCCUUGCCCCAUUCCAGGACACUGGAGUUCCUAAUGAGACACUUAGCUCGUCUAGCUGAUUACUGCUCCAUCACAAAUAUGCACACUAAGAACUUAGCAAUCGUCUGGGCUCCAAACCUCCUAAGAUCUAAGCAGAUAGAGUCUGCCUGCUUCAGCGGAACAGCUGCCUUCAUGGAGGUGCGGAUCCAGUCGGUAGUUGUGGAAUUCAUCUUGAACCACGUGGACGUCCUCUUCAGUUCCAAACUCAGCUCAGUCAUACGAGAUGGAGCAGGGCACAGCUCUUUAUCACGGCCCAAGUCUCUGUUGGUGUCCUCUCCUUCCACAAAGCUGCUCACGCUGGAGGAGGCACAGGCACGGACGCAAGCCCAGAUCAACUCCCCCAUCGUGGCAGACAGCAAAUACAUAGAAGUGGGAGAAGGCCCUGCAGCUUUACAAGGGAAAUUCCACACGGUCAUAGACUUUCCAUCCGAAAGAAAAAGGCCGCCCAGCAAGAUGAAGAAAUCGCCAGUUGGCAGCUGGCGUUCCUUCUUCAACCUGGGGAAAUCAUCAUCCGUGUCCAAACGCAAACUGCAGCGCAAUCCCAGCGAGCCCUCAGAAAUGAAAGCCAUAGCCCUGGCAGGUGGACGAGGAGACAGCGGGACUCUUCGCUCAGCUAAAAGCGAAGAAUCGCUUACUUCUCUGCAUGCUGUUGAUGGUGAAUCUAAACUGUUCCGACCCAGAAGACCUAGGUCCAGUAGCGACGCAUUGUCUGCUUCCUUCAACGGAGAGCUCUUAGGAAACGUGAAUCGCUGCAACUCUUACGACAACCUUCCCCACGACAACGACAGUGAUGGGGACGAGGGGCUCAUCCACGUUCCUGCCCUGAUUUCUCCUCGAUCUGCUGAAGACGUUGACCUGAGCCCACCUGAUAUCGGAGUCGCUAGCCUGGAUUUUGACCCAAUGUCUUUUCAGUGCAGCCCGCCCCAAGCAGAGUCCGAGUGCCUGGACAGCAGUACCUCCCUGAUGGAGUCAGUUGGCAUAAAUAAGGAAAAGCCAAGCCUACUAAAGAAGGACUUAGAAUCAGGCAGCCAGUCCCAGACACCAGGCAGUGCCACGAGCUCUGAGCCAGUCUCCCCUUUCCAAGAGAAGAUGAGUCCUUUCUUUACUCUGGACCUGAGCCCAACCGAAGAGAAGGCCUGCAAGCCCCAUGCCUUCUCACCCAAGAUGGGGCAAAAGCCCAUCAAGUCUCCGCCGCUGACUACAUCAGAACCCGUCUCCUUCGCCCUGCCCAGCCGCAUGUCAGAAGUGAUUGGAGGAGCGCCCAUCACAUCCAGAAACUCCUCCACUUCCAGCUGGAGCAAAGGGAUUGGCAUCACUGAUAUGACAAACAGGUCCCCAACCCAGAUGUCCUUGCCCCUGAAAAACAGUGAAACAGGAGCAGGGGAAGGAGCCCACCAAGAGCUACAGCAUGCCCAGCUAGUGGCUGCUGGCAAACCAGAGUUGCCAGAAGAAGGGGAGAGACCAAUGUCAAGCAGUCAGAAUAAGACUGUACCCACUGGACACACACAGCCAGGAGCAGUUGCCCUCGACUCCCCCCAGGAUCCUGUUCCCGUCAGUUCUGUGUCUCUUAUCCCUCCUCCUCCUCCGAAAAAUGCAGCGCGCAUGCUAGCCCUAGCGUUAGCCGAGUCCGCACAGCAAGCAUCCGCUCAGUCCCAGAAAAGGCCAGGAGAUGCUCAUUCUGAAAGCACAAAUUACGGAGAGACUGAAGCUGGCACAGCUCUAGAAAAGCUCCAUCUCUCUGCUGGUGCUCCAGACAAGCUCCACCUGUAUACUGGUCUGCCUGAGAACCGACUUCACUUCCAGACUGGUGCACCCGUAGAGCAGGAUUUCCAAGGUAGCAGCACACCCGGGGAGCAGAACCACCCGCCAGGUGCACCUGGAAACCGGGACCCCCCACCACUCCACCCUGGCAUGCCUGGGGACAUGCCUGGUAGCAGAGAUGCAGAGCAGGAGCAGUCCAGCUUCCAUCCUGGGAAACCGGGGGACAAAGAUCCCUUCCCCUCCCACGCUGGGGACUGGGAGCACACCCACCACCAUACUCCAGGUGCACUGCCUGACUGGGAGCCACCCCCAACAGACUUGCCUGUAGAUAAGCCCCACCUCCGUGCAUGCGUGUCUGGGGACAAGCACCACGUUCCUAUCGCCACGGCUGAUGACAAACUUCAGUCUCCUCCAGUCGUAACCGCCGGGGAGAAAAGCACCCCGGCUUCAAUGCCAUAUUUAACAACCAUCCAGACAACAGCAGCAACUGAGCCUAACCGCGGGCCAGCCGGUCCAGCCGCCGCUCAGGCAGACGUCACCGUUACGGCUGCGCAGCGCACACUCGCAACCAGCCAGCCCGCCCCGUCGCAGAGGCAAGAUCACCAGUCAGCAAUGGGACAAGUGCCAGCGGCCUCGGCAAAAGCAUCGAGUAGUUCCAGUCAGGUAUGGGGCGCAACUGCCCCUGAAAAGCCACCUGAGCCUGCUCCUGUUUUCGUCCCAGAAAGCAGUACCACCACCCGCUGCUCUUCUUCUGUGCCCACGGGCCACCAGAGCCAUUUGGAAAAGCCUCGGGAGACUACGAGGGCUCCCCCGCUGCACCUGCGGUCCGAGUCCGUCCCUACUCACUCCUCCUACAGCUUUACACCCCCUGUCCCGCCUGUGAGAACGCUGGAGAGCAAAAUUGCUGCCGCCAUGCACUCCAACAACGCAGAUGCCAUCAACAACUCCAAUUAUCACGCCUUCCUGUCUUCCUCCAUGCUGGCCUCCUCUGUGGAGGAGGCCCUGCUGCCACCACCGCCACCCCCGCCACCCAAGCACGCUUCCCUGCAGUCCGUGUACGUGCCGCACCCCAAGCCAGAGAGCAUCCCCGAGCCCUCUGGGCCAGACAACUACCUGCACCACAAGCCGCCUUCCAUCCAUCAGUACAGGCCCGAGAGCGUUCCCCCUCACGUCUCGUACCACAGCAAGCCUGAGCAGCACCAAGCCUACCCUCCUCGGUCAGAGACGCCCACUUCUGCGAGCACUCGCUACAACACCUACACAAACCAGGGGAAGAGCACCUCAGCUCUGCACUCCAAGCCUCGCAGCCGGACAGAGUUUGUGUCCUCCGUGAGCCCGACGGGCCUGCGUAACGCCAGCUAUGCCGAGGAUGCUCCACCCUACCCCACUAUCCGCAGGGUUCAGUCGCUGCACGUCCCCACCCCUGCCGCCUCUGCUAUCCGCUCCGUUCCCAUUUCACGGACCGAGGUGCCGCCGGAUGACGAGCCAGUGUACUGCCCGCGGCCCCUCUAUCAGUACAAGCCAUAUCAGCCCCACUCCGACUACCACGUCACUCAGCUGCAGCCUUACUUUGAGAACGGGCGGGUACAUUACCGGUACAGCCCUUACUCCAGCUCUUCCGGCUCCUCUUACUACACCACUGCUGAUGGGAGCUUUUACGACCUGGACCCCUACAGCACUGUGCGGGUCAGGCCUUUCCACCCCCUGCCCAGCCGAGACUUUGCAUCGUACGCCUCCCGGCUGCCAAGCAAAGGCCUGUACCGCUAUCCCAGCUUGUCUGCCUACCCUCGGGGUGGCCUCAUCAGCCACCUGGCAGGCAAAGAGCACAGCUUCAUCAGCAGAGACGUGCCUCCUGCCCCGGACAUCAAGCACACGUACAUGUCAUGGGACCUCGAGGACAUGGAGAAGUACCGCAUGCAGUCUAUUCGCCGGGAGAGCCGCACACGCCAGAAAGUGAAAGGGCCAGUGAUGUCCCAGUACGAUAACGUGGCCCCACUGCUGCAGGAGGAACUGGGAGGACUGGACGUGAUUCACUUGCGCAGCAAAUCGGAUCCUGGGAAAACUGGCCUCCUCACUGUGGCAGAAGGGAAGGAGGGGAGGUACCCGGCCAAAGCAGCUACGCCCGAUGGGGACGAGCGUUACUACAUGCAGCACCCUGAGCCAGAGCUGGACAGAGCCCACUACCACGGGGCCUACGGGAACGGGCAGUCGGAGAAGCCGUCCCUGCCCCAGAAGCAGAGCAGCGUCCGGAAUAGGAAGCUGCACGAGCCGGGCUGCAACACGAACGAACACAGGACGCACUUGCAGCAGGAGGCAAGCCAUAGGCAGCCUUCCGAAUCCAAAAACGGGCCCCCUUAUCCCGACUACAGGCCCAAAGGUGGCCCAGAGCCCUCUGAGCCCAUCGGUUACCAGCACUCGGGUGGGAAGUACAUCCCGGCAAACCAGGAGACCCUGAGACUGAACCACAAGGAGGUGAGGCUGGCUGAGGACAGGCCGGAUUUGGAGAGGUCUCGAGCCAGGCCGACUGCACCCAUGGAGAAACACUCCAGAGACUGCUAUAAAGAAGAGGAGCACGCCGCCUCUCCCAUGGCACCGCCGCCCAAGCCCGAACGGAGCCACAGCCUCAGAAUGCAGCACCCCGAAACGAUGGAGAGGGACUCUGCCCUCCUCUACCCAUACCAAACCCUUGGGAAACGCCAAAGCACGAUGACUGUGGUGUCCCAGUAUGAUAAUUUGGAGGAUUACCAUACCAUGCCUCAGCACCAAAGAGGGGGCUAUGUUGGAGGAGGGGGGUUCGCGCCCCCCAGUUUUACCCAUGUGCACAGUAGAACUUAUGCCACGGCCCUUGGCCAGGGAGCCUUCCUCCCGACGGAGCUGUGUUUGCAGAGGCCUGAAACAGAGGUCCACGUUGAGUGA